AUGGGGAAUCAAAACCUUACAGUGGUAACAGAAUUCAUCCUGAUGGGCAUCACAGACCACACUGAACUUCAGGCCCCAUUGUUUGGGCUCUUCCUCAUCAUCUAUCUGAUCUCACUGAUGGGCAACCUGGGCAUGAUCAUCCUCACCACAGUGGACCCAAGGCUACAAACACCCAUGUACUUCUUUCUCAAACACCUGGCUAUCACAGAUCUGGGUUAUUCUACAUCUGUCGGACCCAAAAUGUUAGUAAAUUUUGUUGUGGAUCAAAAUACAAUAUCAUUUAACCUUUGUGCUACACAGCUUGCUUUUUUUCUUGUGUUCAUAGUUAGUGAGCUUUUUAUUCUAUCUGCAAUGUCCUAUGACCGCUAUGUGGCCAUCUGUAAGCCUCUGCUCUACACUGUCAUCAUGUCACAAAGGGUAUGUUGGGUACUAGUGGCCAUUCCUUAUCUGUAUUGUUCAUUUGUUUCUCUUCUAGUCACAAUUAAGAUUUUCACUUUGCCUUUCUGUGGCUACAAUGUCAUCAGUCAUUUCUACUGUGACAGUCUUCCUUUGUUACCUCUGCUGUGCUCAGAUACACAUGAAGUUGAACUGAUCAUUCUAAUUUUAGCAGCCUUUGAUUUGAUUUCUUCUCUUCUGGUUGUCCUUGUGUCCUACCUGCUAAUCCUCAUAACUAUUCUGAGAAUGAACUCUGCUGAGGGCAGGCAGAAGGCUUUCUCCACCUGUGGGUCACACCUGACAGUUGUCAUCGUCUUCUAUGGAACUUUGAUAUUUAUGUAUGUGCAGCCCAAUUCUAGCCACUCCUUUGACACAGAUAAAGUGGCUUCCAUAUUUUAUACCAUGGUCAUUCCCAUGUUGAACCCCUUGAUCUACAGCUUGAGGAACAAAGACGUAAAAUAUGCCCUGCAAAGGACAUUGAAUAAUUUGUGCAAAUUAUUUUCUUUUGGUUUUCAUAAAAUAUAA